AUGGAUUGUAGUGUCAAUACAAGAGGAUCGUUCCUUUGUAGCAAGGAAGCUGCAAAUAGGCUAAAACAAGGAGGUGGUGGACGGAUCAUACUUUUGACAUCUUCCCUGACCCGAAGCUUAAAGCCUGGAUUUGCUGCCUAUGCGGCAUCAAAAGCAGCUGUCGAAACUAUGGUAAAGAUCCUUGCAAAAGAGCUCAAAGGAACAGGGAUCACUGCAAACUGCGUUGCUCCUGGUCCCAUCGCUACUGAGAUGUUCUUCGAUGGAAAGAGCUCGGAGUUGAUUCAGAGCACAGCCGCGAAGUCUCCCUUUGGUAGGCUCGGCGAAGCCAAAGAUGUCGUGCCUCUUGUUGGGUUAUUGGCUGGUGAUGGUAGUGAAUGGGUCAAUGGUCAAAUCGUUCUCAUUAAUGGUGGAUAUGUGUAA